GCUCCCAACCCUUUGUCUCAUCACAACUCACAAGCUAAGCUGCCUAAGUGCCUAAUUAAGCUUAUUUCAUUCAAUACCAAAAACCCUUUUUGAGUUGUGACCAAUGGCCUCCAUCAUCACCCACUGUUUUCUCACGCUGUCUCUCCUUGCCCUGUUUGCAUGCUCGGCCCACGCACAGCUCUCGCCAAACUUCUAUGCGACUACGUGCCCAAACCUACAAGGCAUAGUGCGCAAUGGGAUGAGGCAAGCUGUCAACAGGGAAAGCCGACUGGGUGCCUCCAUCCUUCGCCUUUUCUUCCAUGAUUGCUUCGUCAAUGGUUGCGACGCUUCAAUCCUCCUGGACGACACAGCUACCUUCACCGGUGAGAAGAAUGCUUUGCCAAACCAAAACUCAGCACGCGGUUUUGAAGUAAUCGAUGCCAUUAAAUCUCAAGUGGAAGCCGCUUGCAGUGCAACAGUAUCGUGUGCAGACAUUCUUGCACUAGCUGCACGAGAUGGAGUUGUCUUGCUAGGAGGACCCUCAUGGAGUGUACCACUGGGACGACGAGAUGCAAGAACAGCAAGUCAAAGUGCAGCCAACAGCGAUCUGCCCUCCCCGUUUGCGAGCCUCUCUACCCUCAUUUCCAGCUUCGCUGCCAAGGGCCUUAGCGCGCGAGACAUGACAGCGCUUUCCGGAGCCCACACGAUUGGCCAAGCUCAGUGCUUCACCUUCCGAAACCGGAUAUACAAUGACACCAACAUCAAUCCCAACUUCGCUGCCGGAAGAAGAGCAACCUGCCCAGCCACAGGUGGAAACACCAACUUGGCCCCGUUCGACAUACAGACCCCGAACUUCUUCGAUAACAGCUACUAUCAAAACCUUGUGACUAGGCGUGGACUUCUCCAUUCGGACCAGGAGCUGUUCAACGGUGGUUCUCAGGAUGCGCUGGUUCGGACCUACAGUAUCAAUAGGUUUGCUUUUGCACGGGAUUUUGCUGCUGCCAUGGUGAAGAUGGGCAACAUCAGUCCCCUCAGUGGAACAAAUGGAGAGAUUAGAUUGAAUUGCAGGAGAGUGAACUGAUAUCCUCCUCCUGCUGGUACAUAUAAGAGUUGGGUGUUUCUAUGACUUAUGGUUUGAGAAAUUACAUUAUGUAACAUGCUUUCAAAUUUGGGACUACUGAAAUUGAGGGUUAAGCAUCAUUUGUACCUCAGUGUAUUUUCCUUUUUCAGUCA